AUGGCUCCUGUUGCUCCCCGAUCCGGUGACGCAAUCUUCGCUAGCGUUGAACACGUGAAUGCCGAGUUAUUUACGUUGACUUAUGGAGCAAUUGUGCGUCAGUUGCUUACGGAUCUCGAAGAAGUUGAGGAAGUUAAUAAACAGCUCGAUCAGAUGGGUUAUAAUAUUGGAGUUAGACUGAUUGAUGAGUUUCUAGCAAAAUCCAGUGUUUCCAGAUGCGUGGACUUCAAGGAGACAGCUGAUGUAAUUGCAAAGGUUGGUUUCAAAAUGUUCCUAGGGGUAAGUGCCUCUGUUAGCAACUGGGAUGCUGAUGGGACAUGUUGCAGCAUUGUUUUGGAGGACAAUCCCCUGGUUGACUUUGUUGAACUUCCAGACACAUGUCAAGGUCUAUACUAUUGCAACAUCUUAAGUGGAGUCAUUAGAGGAGCACUAGAGAUGGUGUCAAUGAAGACUGAAGUGACAUGGGUUCGUGACAUGCUUCGAGGUGAUGAUGCAUUCGAGUUGCAGGUGAAACUUUUAAAGCAAGUUCCAGAAGAGUACCCAUACAAGGAUGAUGAGUAA